CCGCCGCUGCUCCUGCCGCUCCCAGCGCCCGUUCCCGCCGCUCCGAGCCGCCCGCAGCCGCCGCCGGCCGGGCCGCGCUCCAUGGCGACCCCCAGCCCCUGCAUCGUGAUUGGCGAUGAUGAACAAGGUUACGACCUGGAUUUGUUCUGCAUACCUAAACAUUAUGCAGAUGAUUUGGAAAAAGUCUAUAUUCCUCAUGGGCUCAUCAUGGACAGGACGGAGAGACUGGCGCGAGAAAUUAUGAAGGGCAUGGGAGGACACCACAUUGUGGCACUCUGUGUACUCAAGGGUGGCUAUAAAUUUUUUGCUGAUUUAUUAGACUACAUCAAAGCCCUGAACAGAAACAGUGACAAAUCAAUCCCCAUGACAGUCGACUUCAUUAGGUUGAAGAGUUAUUGUAAUGAUCAGUCAACUGGAGAUAUCAAAGUCAUUGGGGGAGAUGACCUCUCAACCCUGACUGGAAAGAAUGUUUUGAUCGUAGAAGAUAUAAUUGAUACUGGUAAAACAAUGAAAACGUUGCUGUCUCUCCUUAAACAGUACAAUCCAAAGAUGGUGAAAGUAGCCAGUUUGCUGGUGAAAAGAACUCCUCGAAGUGUGGGAUACCGGCCGGACUUUGUUGGAUUUGAAGUGCCAGACAAAUUUGUUGUGGGAUACGCCCUAGAUUACAAUGAAUACUUCAGAGAUUUGAACCAUAUCUGUGUGAUCAGCGAGACGGGGAAGCAGAAGUACAAAGCAUGAAAGCAGAGUUCAAGUGACAACAGAGCUUUGAAAUGUUUUGUUUACUGAGUCCUAUCUUUCACAGGCUUCAGCUCUGGUACACCAGCUACACUUGUAGAAUGCCCCAGCCCCAUUGCCAUAUGCUUACUGUAAUUUAUUGCAUGUACAAUAUAAGAGCUCGUCUUGUUCAUUUAUAUUUUAGAAAUGUAAACAAUUAGUGCAGUUCUGCACUCCUUAUUUUGAUUUGCACUAUGACACUACCGACUGUCGCUGCCCCUGGUUGGGUUGUGCUGUUUGUGAGCUCAGAGUCUAACUCUUGCAGUGGUAAAUUGCUUAAACCUCAUCAACCCAGAACUGAAAUAGUUCAAGUACUGUAAAUGUAAAGCGUUUUAUGAUACGGAAGUCUAUUAGUAAUAUUUUUAAAAUCUGUAAUUUAAGUUUUAUAUUUUAAUGCACAGAUGUGAUUGUGAUUAUUGGAUAGUUGCACCUUUGGGUGGUAAUAAAGCAUGAGGAGCAGCCAGUUACAGUAUCUGUAAUCUCCAAGGGGCUCAUCCAAAUCUCCUGGAGUUGCCUUAUUGUUGUAAAGGAAGUCUGGGUGAAAAGUGUGUUUUUCCUUUUUUCUUUUUUUUUAAAAGAUGGAAUGACAAAACAGAAUGUUUAAAAUCUAGUUUUAGUUGAGCUGCCUAUUUCUGUUAGAUUUUUUUUUCUUUAAAAAUAUCCAUCAAUCUGUGGAAUUGCCUUUUAAAUUUAAACAAUUUUAAUAUAUUUGUGGGAAAAAUAAAGAAGUAUUGUAAUGUUUACUUUAUAAGAUCUACAAAGCAAAGUACUUUAAAUAAAGGCUGUCUCUUUAAAAUAA